UUUCCUACAGCCAUAUGCAGUGACCCACCUCAAACUUGCUGCUGGAAUUAUGGUGACUGCAUCUCACAACCCCAAACAAGACAAUGGAUAUAAGGUCUAUUGGGAAAAUGGCUCUCAGAUCAUUGGGCCGCACGAUCGCGGCAUCGCCGACGCCAUUAAUGGGAACCUGGAGCCGUGGCCGCAAGCGUGGGAGGACAGCCUGAUUGAUCAGAGUCCCCUCCUCCACGAUCCGUACGCGGCGGUUAACAAGGAUUACUUCAAAGAUAUACAGCGGCACUGUUGUCACAGGGAUAUAAACAAGGAGACCAAGUUGAAAUUCGUUCACACCUCUGUCCACGGGGUAGGCCACGAGUUUGUGCAGUCGGCCUUUAAGGCCUUCGACUUUAGUCCUCCCUUCGCGGUGCCUGAACAGAAGGACCCCGAUCCGGAAUUUCCCACCGUAAAAUACCCAAAUCCAGAAGAAGGGAAAGGUGUACUGACUCUCUCUUUCGCUCUGGCGGAUAAAAAAGGCGCUUGGGUUAUUUUAGCCAACGAUCCGGAUGCCGAUCGGCUUGCAGUGGCCGAGAAACAAGGAAGUGGAGAAUGGAAAGUGUUUUCCGGCAACGAAUUUGGAGCUCUUUUAGGAUGGUGGCUGUACACAUGCUGGAAAAAUCAAAAUCAGACUCCCAAUGCCAUUAAAGACGUAUAUAUGUUAGCGAGCACCGUGUCCUCCAAAAUAUUGCGAGCAAUCGCUCUCAAGGAAGGUUUUCAUUUUGAGGAAACGUUAACGGUUAAAUGGAUGGGAAAUCGAGCCAAGGAGCUGAUAGACCAAGGACAAAGCUUAUUUGCUUUUGAAGAAGCCAUCGGUAAUAUGCUUCACCUUAUGAAAUACCCUGUCGUACUGGAUAAAGACGGCGUGAGUGCUGCAGUCAUAACCGCAGAGAUGUCUAGCUUUCUGGCCACGAAGAAUGUGACUCUGUCUCAACAGCUGAAAAACAUUUACACAGAAUACGGUUAUCAUAUCACCAAGUCAUCUUAUUUUAUCUGUAACGAUCAGAAGGUCAUCACAGCUCUGUUUGAGAAACUUCGGAAUUACGAGGGGGAAAAUACCUACCCCAAAUCCUGUGGGAAAUUUGCCGUCUCUGGAGUCAGAGAUCUGACGACCGGCUUUGACAGUAACCAGGCUGAUAAAAAAGCAGUAAGUGCUUCCACGAGUAAAAGCAGCCAAAUGAUAACGUUUACGUUCAAUAACGGAGGUGUGGCUACCAUGAGAACCAGCGGGACCGAACCCAAAAUCAAAUAUUAUGCAGAAAUUUGUUCACCUCCCGGAAACAGUGAUUUUGAAAAGCUGAAGGAAGAACUAGAUGAACUGACCGCCGCUCUUGAAAAAUAUUUCUUUGAACCAGAGAAGAACAAGCUGCAACCCAAACCAGAGUGAUAAUAUCUGCACUUCUUUUAAGCUGUGUAUUCUUAAAUAAAAUACAUGGGGGGGGGGGGGAGGAAAUUUAAUUUCUUUACAGAACGACUUAGAAUAAGUAUAUGGUCACUUCAAAUGUACACCGGUCGGCAUACAUUAAAAUGAAAUUUCAUUGAAUACAGCUCUAAAAA